UGGUUGACAGGAAACACCAGCAAAACUUGCCGUUAAACCAGGAAUUACUUCGCCACAGAAAAAUAAAGUAUUUUUCUAAACUAUUAGGUGUUAUAUAGUGGCUCAUAAUGUCCACCAAUGCCUUUCAAGAAACUGUUGAACACUCUGGACUGCACAAGUUCUUCUCUGCUGUGUUUUACGCCGGCAGCUCCUUUCUGAUCACGGUGGUGAACAAAACCGUGCUGACGAGCUUCAGGUUUCCCUCCUACAUGUGUCUGGGAAUUGGCCAGAUGGCCGUCACUGUUGUUGUGCUUUAUGCUGCCAAAAAGACCAAAACAGUCCAGUUUCAAGAUUUUGACAGAAGUGUUCCCUUAAAAAUAUUCCCUCUUCCUUUGCUUUAUGUUGGAAACCAUAUAACAGGCCUGGCCAGCACCAAAAAGCUCAGUUUACCCAUGUUCACUGUAUUACGGAAAUUCACCAUAUUGAUGACAAUGAUCUUGGAAGUAUAUAUACUAAGAAAAACAUUUCCAAAACGCCUUGUGUACAGUGUUGUUGCCAUAGUUCUUGGUGCCAUGAUUGCUGCAAGUUCUGACCUGGCCUUCGAUAUGGAGGGCUACACCUUCAUCCUGUUCAAUGAUGCCUUCACUGCUGCCAGCAGUGUGUACACCAAGAAGAAACUUGGGACUGAGGGCCUUGGCAAGUAUGGCGUCUUAUUUUACAAUGCUCUGAUCAUUGUUAUCCCCACUCUCUUGGCAAGUGCAUUAACUGGAGAUUUACAUGAGGCAGUCAUAUUUGAGGACUGGGUUAAAGCCACAUUUAUUAUUUGUUUCCUCAUGUCCUGCUUCCUGGGGUUUGUUUUGAUGUAUUCCAUAGUCCUGUGCAGCUAUUAUAACUCUGCACUUACUACGACAGUGGUGGGGGCAAUAAAGAAUGUUGCUGUUGCAUAUAUUGGCAUAUUUGUGGGUGGAGACUAUCUGUUCUCUUGGACUAACUUCCUAGGCCUCAGCAUUUGUAUGUCAGGUGGACUAGUGUACUCAUAUUUCACCUUUAGCAGCAAAUCACCUGGAGGUAACACAGAAGGAGCGCACGAGCUGAAGAUUCAUGUUACAGAAGAUUCAAAUGGGAAGCACUUGACCAGCUGAAUGGACAAUAUUUUAGCAUUCACCACUUGGUGGCACUGUUCUGCUUCAUAUUGGAGCAUAAUGUUGCUGUAACACUUUGAUAUUUAUUUCAACUCAAUGAAUUGAUAUCCCUGGAUACAUCACUGGUGCUAUCUAUUUAAUUCCACUAUUAAAUCAUGAGUGUAUACAUUGAGAAGAAGAGCACAUACAUUCUGCGUCAGGGUUCAGUGAAUGUUUAUUGAAGACCAACAAUUACAACAACAGUGUAGACAGUCUGUCAGAGAAUUCUUACCUUUAAAAUGUGUAAUAAAAUAUCUACCAAGCAAGCAGGAUCACUCUAUGCAUGUCACAAACAGGAAAACUGUUGGAGGAUGUUAGCAGAGGGGGGAAAACUGAAACUAAAAUUCAACUUCAAAGCUCUUGUGCACACUCAAUAUUCUAACAAACACAAUGUGUAUAUAUUAAAUGCCAUAAUCUUUCUCAGACCACAAAAUAGGCUAAGGGUUAAAAGAAUGCUUCAAAAUAUACUAUAACUGGGUACAAUAAAUCAUUUGGUGUUUUGAUUAUCAACAAUUAACAAUUUGCCUUCCAGUUUCACUGCAACUCCACAAGGGUAAUUUAUAAAUCAAACAGAUUCAAACAUGACAGCUCGAGUGACAGAGUGACACGGUUGUUGGUGCAGGUUUCCCAAAAACAACCAGAAGCAGGGCAGUUAUGAGAGAUGUCAUACAGUGUUGAAGGAUGUAGUGUUGCGUGUAAAAAAAACAAAAAAAACAAAGAAAAAAAUCGAGAAAAAAAACAACAAAACCCAGCACUACACAAAUCAGUUUAUGAAAAACAGGUGCCAUUUCCUGGACACAUAGAACAGAUCUAAUCUUCAGUGCAUUGCAAGCUUAAUCCAAAACUUAAUAGUGGGUGUAAGUGCUUCAUCAAAAUCAAUGGGAUGUCUAAAUUUAUGCGACAAACUUUGAAAUUGGAAUAUUUCCCUUUACGCAUGAAAUGAUUCUAGUGCUCUCAAACAUAUGAACAAAAUGUUAGCCAGACAAAAAAAUAUAUAUGGUGAAAUAAAUACCUCAUAAUUUAAACUCUGAAAUGAGAUGACAUAGAUGCACCACACACUGCAAUGAUGCUAUGCCUGUAUUAUAACUGGUCUGCCACCUUUUAAUAUAAGAGGUGACUGACAUUCAUUGACAAACGUCUCCUGUCUGGGUGGAAAACAACUUUUGGCCUGCAGGCUUUACACACAUUCUUUGUAUCUAUGAGGAAACUGUUUGGAAAUGGAAAUAUGACAUGUCCUGAAAGGUAAUCCGGACCUUUAUCCAUUGUAGAAUAUUCAGAGCACAGUAGGUAGUUGGCUCGGUAAUGUCAGGCAGAUAUGGUUAUGUAUAAAUAAAGACAAAUUGCAAGGCUGUAAAAGUUUGGAUUAUUGGAAAAACUUGUGCCUCACCAGACCUCUGGAUUAGGCUUGCAAUGAUCACCUCUCAUUCGCAUGUUAGAAUUACCAUGUCACAUGUCAGUACUGAUCUAGCUCUCCUGACUUUCUUUUUUCUUAUCCUCCCUUUUGUCCACCUUUGCUCACUGUUUUUUUUUGUUUUUUUAGAGAGAGCUGUACUGGUGAGGCUAAAACUAUCUGAAACUUUCUGAGUCAAUUUCUACCACCACUCCUGUCAAGAGUGGCGGCGAAAUUGUGCUUUACAAGGCUGGAGAUGAAACCUGGGACCAUGGUGAGAGGUCAUCUGACAGUCUGAAUGUAACUUAACAUUUCCUAUGUUUUGACCAAACCCUGUAUCAUUCUGUCCAUCUGAGCUUAAUCCAUAUAUACAUUAGUCAUACACACUCUCUUACACUCACAACAUACUUAAAAAACUCGUUACCAUCAAAGUGCAAACAAAACAAAUUAAAAACAUAACAGGUACUCUUUCUUUGCCUGUAGAAGACAGAAGAAAGAAAGACAUUCUUCAUAUAGUCAAAUCUACAAUUAUAGCAGCCUAAAAGAAUAAAAUGGAAGCUGAAUAAGGUGCUUUAGCUUGUGCCUUCCUGGUGCUGUGAGGGGGAUUAGAUGAUACUGUGCAUAACACUGAUCUCAGGCCAACUCUGUCUCAAAGUCUGGUUUCACAACUCGAUAGAACAAACUAAACUUCGAUCUGUGUUUCUGAACGAUUUUUCGUAGCUACAGCACAUAUCGCAGGAAGGCGGGUUGGGAAUGGAGAUAUGAGGGGAAGGGAAUGGGAGUCC